AUGGAUCUAGCUGCUCGAGGCGCCGCUGCUGUCGAGUCUAAGGACUUUCGGUCUGCUGUGUCGCUCUACACUCAGGCUCUCAUCGACCACCCUCACUCCCCGGAUUACUUCAACCAACGGUCGCUCGCAUUCGCCCGUCUCUCACCACCCCGCCAUGACCUGGCUCUUAAAGAUGCAGAGUAUGCUGUCCUCUUCGCCCAGAAGCGUGCAAAGAGGGAGAAGAUCCAGGCUGCACAACAGCGGCGAGUCGUCGCCCUCCAUGGACUCGGACGUUACGCAGAUGCCAAAGCGGUUUUACAGACCAUGGUGAAAUGGAGAUCCACCAAAUCUGCGAAGAUGGAGGGUGACAUGUGGCUGGCAAGGGUGGAAAAGAAGUUGGCAGAAGCUCCAGAGGCGGAGAGAGUGUCCUCGGAGAAAGAAUAUCCACAGAUCGACCUCCCCAGUGAGGCACAAAUGAAGAAGUGGCUCGAGACACAAUUGAAGGCAGACGGGUCUUAUAAAUUUGAUGAAGAGAAAGAUGCCGACACGACCGCCUCCGACGCAGCAGCAGCUACAUCUGGUACCACCAAGUCCAACGGACAUGGGACGUCGACAAAACCUAGUUCAUCCACCGCUAUGCCCACAUCUGCUCCAUCAAAGAUCCGACACGAAUGGUACCAAUCUCCUCAAGCAGUCACACUGACCCUCUACGCCAAAAAUGUCCCCAAAGACGCCUGCGACAUUGAUAUCCAAGAAGAUUGCAUAUCCAUCUCCUUCCCUCAUCCCGCCAAUCCGUCCUCCACAUUCACAUUCACAAUUGACCCCCUCUUCGCUCUCAUCGAUCCGUCCCAAAGCAAAGCUGCGAUUCUGUCCACGAAGGUCGAGUUGACGCUCAAGAAAGCGCAGGCGGGAAAGUGGCAUGACCUCGAAGGUGUUGCGCCUUUGAACACACAGUCAUCAAAGGCAAGCAGUGAAAAGGAGAAAGAGAAUGCUAGGCCGACAUCAAUGUCCACAUUGACCAAUACAACCCCAUCAGCUACAGCUGUUCCACAAAUGGCCGUGCUGAAGGACAAUCCCCCUUCCUAUCCAACCUCCUCUCGCAAGGGCCCCAAGAACUGGGACAAACUCGCCAACGAACUGCACGCGCAAUCGAAACCCAAAACGAAGACAAAAUCCAAGGAGAAGAGCAAACCAAAGGCAGGUGACUCUUCCAAAGACAACAAAUCCAGUCCUCCCGGCUCCGACGCAGAAGAAGGCGGUGACUACGACUCGGACUUCGAUAGUGUUGACCCUGUCGAUGGCUUCUUCAAGAAACUUUAUGCCUCCGCGGACGAAGACACGCGUAGAGCCAUGAUGAAGAGCUUCUAUGAGAGUAAUGGCACCGCAUUGAGCACGAACUGGUCGGAAGUCGGGUCGAAGAAAGUCGAGGAGGUUAAGAGUUCCAAGGACUAA